AUGAAACCGUUUACAAAACGGUCAACCUCCCAUCAAGUACCUUCCUGUGGUCCAUUUCACAUGGGCGUGGACUCAAUUCAAUACCUAUGCACUCCACAAACAUGCUCCACAAAGCCAUUUACAAAAUGGUUGAGUUCCCAUCCAGUACAUUCCUGUGGCCUGUUUCACCAGAGCAUGGGCUCAUUUGCACAAGUUGUCAGGACCUUAAUUGUUGUACCUUCAAUGUAA